GAGCGCCUGUGUCAAACAUCGGUGCAAAGCUUAACAAAACAGCCACUGGACUACGACUUUGACAGGCAUGAGCAAGUAUUCGAUGGCGAGGGUCGUCAAGUGACUGGGAUUUUGUUGAGGCAGACAAAAGAAAGUGUGCAGUUUGCAGACUUGGAACUCUGCAAGCCAAUAUCGAGCUUCUUACGCAUCAGCGUUCCUCCGGAGUACAGUUCGGCAGCUAGGAUAAGUCCCGAGGAGCAGGAAACUGCGAUUGAAAAGGGAGGCCACGGUGCAUUCAAGGAUGAGAUUGUGGACAAGAAUGUGCUCUUGGAAUCAAUCAGACGAAUGAAUGAUCCGAGCCAAAUGAAACAGGAAGCCUCAGCUGUCCUCUGUCUGGGUGUUCUUUAUGACAAUGGCCAGGAUUACACUCGAGCUGUGGAGAACUACAAAAGGUUUUGCGAGCUCUGCCAAAAUACUGGCGAUUCCAAAGGGGAAGCAAUGGGGUACAACUUCAUAGCUUGUUCUCUGCAAGAAGACCAAGACAAGAAACUAAAGACUGAGAAAGUUGAGAAGGUCGGACCUAUGGGUGAGCUUAAAUUGUCUACGGAGGCCAUCAUGCAAUAUGAGGAGGCACUCGCUUGCCACGAACAGCAUGCGCAUCUGGCAGAUCUCGAAGGGAAAUAUAUGGCUUACACCAACGCUGGAAUCCUUCAUGCAGCGCUUGGAAAUUGGAUUGAAGCUGCCCGAAGCCACAGGAAAGCUUUGAAGUGUGCGACAUACAUGCGAAGACCAGAAUAUCAAAGCGUGGCAGUCGGCAACCUGGCCUACCUCUUACUGCGACGAAGAAAACUAGGAGCAUCGAGAUUGUGCACGAAAAGGUACUUGCAAAUCUGUGAAUCGCUCGGUUUCACCGAAGGUGAAGCCCGGGGGCACUACAUGCUCGGCCACAUUUUCACGCAGCAGAGGAAGCUAUCCGAGGCUGCCGAGGAGUUUAGAACCGCGGGGCGCAUCGCCAAGAGCAUCAACAACACGGUGCUAGAACACGCGGCCAAAGUUCUCAUCGGCGUCUCCAAAGGCAAGCUCGAGUAUGGCAAGCUCGGCAUCGGUCCCUGCUAAAAGAAACAAAGACGAGGAGCAGGCACGCCACGCACGGCCGAUGAUUACAAACGAUCCGGAGCGAUCCCAACCGCUCGCCGAUUCCACGCCGGAAUGUACAAUUUCGCAACGGAACGUGUACGACGGUGAUGGAUCCCCGUACGGCAGGGAGGAUAUCCCAAAUCCAAGGAGGGCAUUACCGUUGCGCGGCGGUGGCUGGCGGCCGUCGGAUGGGACGCUAUGGCGAGGGAGCGAUGAUUGAUAGCGACCGGAAGGUGGGAAUAAAAUAACCAAAGUUUAAUCUCGUGCAUUGUAUAUGGUAUAAGAGGGACAAAAAUUUUAAUCACGAGUUACGGUGGUGUGAA